UACAAACUUUAAUUUUUUGUUAAGAUGUUAAAUCAAACUGUAAUUUUAUUUGAAUACUACAACGACGGCAUACCAGAUAUUAUGUGUAUAUAUAUAGUAUCUCGUUCAUAGCAAAGAUUUACCAAUAAGUUCAAUCAUGGAGUCACUAGAAGAAGAUUACAGCAUGUCAACUGAAGAGGAAGGGCUGCUAAAAGUGAUGCAAAUUAAUGGGACAAUAGCUCUUCCCAUGGUCAUCAAAACUGUCAUUGAACUUGAUCUGUUUGAGAUCAUGGCAAAGACUCCUAAUGGCCAAUUCUCUUCUCUUGAUCUUGCUUCUAGUCUUCCUACACAAGCCCCAGAAACCCCUGGUUUAAUUGAGCGACUCCUUCGAUUUCUUGCUAGCCAAUCCAUUCUCACAUCAACCCUUGUGACCGAUGAAAGUGGGAAUUCUAAGAAUUUAUAUGGCAUGACCCCACUGUCUAAUAACUAUGUUCGUAAUCAAGACGGGACUUCUCUUGCUUCAUCAAUUCUCAUGAUCUAUGAUAAGAUAUUUGUCGAUUGUUGGUAUUACCUAAAAGAUGCAGUCGCCAAUGGAGGCAUCCCAUUUAAUAAGGCCCAUGGAGUUCAUGCUUUUGAGUACCCUGCAAAAGACAACAGAUUCAAUCAAGUGUUCAACAAGUGCAUGUAUGACAACACAACAAUAGUAAUGAAGAUGUUUCUUGGAAAGUAUAAAGGAUUUGAAGGCGUAAAACAAUUAGUUGAUGUGGGUGGUGGUUUAGGUGCUAACCUUAACAUCAUUGUCUCAAAGUACCCUACUAUUAAGGGCAUCAACUUUGAUCUACCCCAUGUCAUCAAGGAUACACAUUCAUCACCGGGUGUGGAUCAUGUUGGAGGAGAUAUGUUCGAAAGUGUUCCUAUAGGAGAUGUAAUAUUCAUGAAGUGGAUACUUCAUGAUUGGGGCGACAACGAAUGCAUCACUGUUCUAAAAAACUGUUGGGCGGCAUUGCCAGAGUUUGGUAAGGUCGUGGCGGUGGAAACGAUCAUCCCCGACCUUGAAAAUCAACCACGUGAUCAUGCUACCAACAUUGAUGUUUCUAAGACUGUCAUCAGUAGUGAUAUGAUAAUGAUGAUUGCUAAUCCCGGUGGAAAAGAGCGGACGUUAAAAGAAUAUAAUUCUUUAGCGAAAAAGGCGGGAUUCACUUCUUUGAAAAUUGUGUGUAGAGUUUCGACAUUUUGGAUCAUGGAGUUCUAUAAGAAUGCUUAA